AUGUCGCUGUACAACGCAGCAAUCCAACCACGGAAGAUCGGGCCCAGGUUACCAAAAUUACGACCAACAGACGACGACCAAGAAUCACUACAUUGGAACACAAGAAUAUUCAGGCAAAUUUCUGCACCAGAAAGAAAUGUUACUUUGUGGAAUGAAACAGAGGAAUUUGAAAAGGAAGGCAAGAAGCUUGCAAAGCUCGAGGAGAUAUCUCGGAAACUUGAAGAGGCUUCUAAAAAGUACUCAGAGACAGCUUUAAAUCUAAGUAAAUGUGAACAGAGAAUCACACAAGAUUUAAUGGCCAGUGCAUUAUGUAAGUCAGAAUCAGAAUUAAAGCAUCACUGUGAAGAGUGGGAUAAUUCAAUUGUCAAGUUGAACCCUCAUAUGCAAGAAAUGAAUUCCAACAUCCAAAAGAUGCUGGUGGAACCCAUUGAAAAGUUUAGUAAUAUAUUCCCCUGUAUUCAUGAGACUAAGAAAAAGUGGGAACAAUCUUUCGGGGAAUUCAAAAGAUGUGAAGUUAAGGUCAAAAAGUACCAAGAACGUGAACGUACUGGAGACAAUAUUGUUAAGCUAAAUCAGCACCAGAAAUCCUUGAUGCCAGUCAAAGAAGAGUUCAAUAAACUACACACAGCCUUAAAGGAAGGUAUACCUAAACUAAAUGAUCACCGAAUUAGUUACUAUCAACCAUGUAUUGAAGCAUUAAUCAAAUCUCAGGCUGCCUACAACUCUGAAUGUUACAAAAUCUAUAGUGAGUUAGCUGGCCAUCUUGCCCCAGAGACAUACACUAGUGAAGAAUAUGGCAACAGAAUACAACAGAAACUUUCAGAUAUAAAGGCAUUAGCCAUAGUUGGCUGAUUAAUUACUUAAUAUUAAUUAAUAUUAAAUCAAAAAGAGAUUUUAUAUGAGGG